GUUGCGAGGCGCGGUUCUGCGAGGAGGGGUGGGAGAGGCGCUGGGUCCGGUAGGAGGGGACCUAGCUGGACCGCAGGAAGCUGAGUCGGCCCGGCGGACAGUGGUGCCCAGUGCACUGGAGCUCCGUUUAAAAGAGCCAAGCCGGGUUCCAGGGGCGGGGAGGAGACGGGAGUGCAGGGCUCAGGGUCACCUCCAAAAGCCCCCCACCCCGAAGAGCUCAGGCCGGGUGCGAAGCUUCGCGAAGCUCGGGGAGCCUCGCCCUCCUCCACUGCAAGCUGCUGGCUGCGCGUCUGUCUGGGCGUCGUCCCCGCCUUAGAGGUAGGCUCCGCCUCUGUCUCGGACAGAACCGGUUCGAGUUCAGACUCGGUCGCCGACCUGCUGUGAAUGGAUGAAUUAUAUAAUAGGAUGUUCUUUAUAGGGUCGUUAGGAAGAGUCGUGUCAAACACUUGCACAAUGUAGGCGCUCAGUGUAUCAUUAUCACUAAUAAGAAUACUAUUAUCUCUUGGCAAAAGACCUGAAGCCAGAGAGGAAGUUGUUCGCUCAAGCUUUGCUUAAAACCUUCUGUCGCCAGCUCGGGCUCUAACGGUGCCAAAGGGUUCACAUCGUAUUUCUGUGUUUGGGAACAAAUGACAACCCAUUAUGCUCUGGCUUGUUCAUCUGUAAAACGGGAGUAUAAAUGACAGUUAAAUGAAUUUUAAAUCUCAGAGUUCGCACCGUGCCUUGCACUUCAUAAGUGCUCCAUAAAUUAAGACUGCUAGCCAGGUAUGUGGCGCAGGCCUGUAAUCCUAGCACUCUUGGGAGGCUGAGACAGGAGGAUUGCAAGUUCGAGAGGGGUAGGAAAAAAAAAAGGUUGCGAAUGUAGCUCGGCACGAAGGCUUUGGGUUUAAUCCCCAGCAACCGCGCGUGGGCGCUACCAGGCCAAGCAGGCGGUGAUAGGUAGACUAGUAGGGGGAGCCUUGCUUUGGAUCAGCGAGCCCGCCAAGCCUAGCCCGACCUGCACCCCACUGACUGCGCCCCUUAGCCAGCCCUCUUUGGUCUCGCCCAGUGGGAUUGGUUGGAUUCGCUGGUUUCCACCGUUCUCCCUCUGCUCGGCUCCGCCCUUUUAUAUACAGUGUUCCAGCGCUGGGUAGGAGGCUUUGUGCUUGGGGGCCAACCUUCUCCCCCAACCUGACCAAGCAUUUCUGUCUGCAGAAUCAGGGGUGGUGUUCCCCAAGCUCAAGACACAGGGGCAGCAAGUGAAGACCCUAAGUCCUCCAGGACCCUCCCUUGCUUGGGAUCCUCUGGCUUCCAGCUGGGAGUCCAGGCAGUGUCUUGGCCCAGGAUGAACUGGUUAGAGCUCUCUGAGUUCCCUGCCUUCCACUGUCUCUGUGCUGAGGACAAUUAGCCUAUGUCUGUGUCCCAGCAGGCGAAUUUCCACAACCACCUGGUCCAGACCCACCCUGGCAGUGUCUCCUUACGGUGACACUGCUGGAGUAGGAUGGGGUGUAGAGCGAUUCAAGGAAGCAAAGGGAUCCCAGUCACCCAAGCCAGUGGCCAUCAGGUGGUAGUUCAUAGGAAUCGGGGCCAUAAAGCCUCUGCUUGUACGCUCAUGGGGCCUCUAGUGUUUAAACCAUAAUCAAAGGGCUUAGCUGUCUACUGAGUUGUCCCUCAACUGACUUCCACAGUGCUCCCCAGACCUUCCCACGAGCCUGGGAAGGCAAUGACCUGGCAGAGGUUAAGGGCACAGGUUGUCGGCGCAGUCAGACAGACCUAGGUUUCAGUGUUAGCUCUUAGAAGACCUUGGGCAUUUUAUUUAACCCCUUGAACCUCAACCUCAUUGGCCUUAAACUUGGGACAUCACAGAAUUAAUGAGAAAUUCCAGAGGGAUAAUGCGGGCAAUUUCCCUGUGCAAGCACCAUGCUUGGUUGCUAAGUGGCUACCGUCACAGUGUGUGCCUCCCAGGCCGAGGUGGAGAUUAGAUGAAAGAUGCAUGUGCAAUGCUCAGAGCUGUGCCUGGUAUACAGCAAGUGUGCAAGAAGAGUUACCAGCAGCAUUUGCAUAUGUGCUAACAUUGGUGUUACAUGCUUGGUAUUUGCAGACUGCUCAAAUAAAUGCAAGUAAGAGGAAGAGCAAAAUGACUUCCUUUUCCCCAGGCUUGGGAUGGGAAAAUUGCGUACCUGGCACAAGGCAGGGUGGAUUUUGGCUAUUCAAAUCGUGCUAUUGAAGACUCAGGCAGUGUGGCAGUCUGGGAAGGUUUGCGUGGUAGAGGCAGCUCUGGGAGAUGGGAAUAAGUCAUUGCAGGCAGAGGGAAAGAGCGGGUGGUCUGUGAGAGGUAGCCUGCUAGAAGGGCUGUCCAGGGCAGUGCCACGUGCCACACCUCUAAUUUUCAGAAUUGAUUUCCAUCUCGAAAUAGCCACUCAGCGAGUGUUCCAGCUUUACAGAUGCUCCGGGAGGCUCAGCCUUGGUCUCGGGGUCCCGAUCACUCCCAGACUUGCUAUGUUCUCUAUCAGCUCCCAGGAUGGUUCCUGCCCCCCGUCAGUCCCCUGAGUACACCUGACAUCUGGGUAGCCCUAGAAGAGGGGUGACCUGUCUCCUCAGACCAGAAGCGGUGCCUCCCCCAUCUCUAAGGGGUCUGGGGUCCCUCAGAGCUUCUCCCAGGCAUAGGACUCCCAUUGUUCCAGCCCCCCUCUCGUACCCCAGACUGGCCAAACCGGUUCUGGGAAGGGGGGCGGGGAGCAGGCACGUUGAGACAGCCGCCUGCCUCUCCUCUCCGAGAGGUUCCCUCCGCCUUCGCCUCCCCCUCCCUGCCCCACACAAUACCCCGAGCUGGCGUUGCUGUCUCAGGGGCCAUGCUGACAUCGCCCCCUGAGGACUUGGCUGCAUCCCCAGAGCCCCCAGGGUGGCCUGGAGCCCUGGACUGUGCCCGCAGCUGGACCGAGCUCCCUGGCUGAGGCCCAGGUGGGUGGCAGAGCAAAGUCGGAAUGGACUGUGGGCCACCUGCGACCCUCCAGCCCCACCUGGCUGGGCCACCUGGCACUGCCCGCCGCCCAGUAGCUGUGUGUCAGCAGGAGAGCCUGUCCUUUGUGGAGCUGCCUACCCUACAGCCUCUGAGUCCUGUGUGUCUGGACCUUUUUCCUGUUGCCCCAGAGGAGCUACGGGCUCCUGGGAGUCGCUGGUCCCUGGGGACCCCUGCCCCUCUCCAAGGGCUGCUAUGGCCCCCAUCCCCAGCAGGCCCGGAUACCGAGAUCUCCAUCAGCGCAGGGAUGCGGCCCAGCAGGGCUGGCAGCUGGCCCCACUGUCCUGGAGCCCAGCCCCCAGCUCUGGAGGGACCCUGGCGUUCUCAGCACAUACAGCCGCAGCGCCGGGCCAGCCACGGCUCGGAGAAGAAGUCAGCCUGGCGCAAGAUGCGGGUGUACCAGCGUGAAGAGGCCACUGGCGGCCCAGAGCCCCAAGCUGUCUUCCUGGAGCCUGGCCAUGCGGCACGGGAGCCAGCCCUACACGCCGAAGAGCCCAGGCCGGUGGAACUGUCCGGGACCCCCAGGCAGCUGGGCCUGGAGGGGACUGAGCGGAGGCGCUUCUCGGCCUCUGAGCUGAUGACUCGGCUGCACUCUUCCCUGCGCCUGGGCCGGAGUUCCGCAGCCAGGGCACUGGCCUCUGGGGCAGGCACUGGAGCAGGACGGGAAGGUACAGCAACUCCCUGGGACCCCGGAGCAGCCCGGAAAGCAUCUGGAAGAGAGUCUCGAAACACAGAGAUGAGGGGGGACAGUGUGGCCGUGCCAGCACUUGUUGACCCGAGCCAGGGCCAUGGCGACUGGCCAGAGUCCAGGCUGGACGCACAGGAAGAGCUGUCUCCCGACCCCAAAAGCGACAACGAGCGGCGGCAAUCGCGAUUUCUCCUUAACUCCGUGCUCUACCAGGAGUAUAGCGACGUGGCCAGCGCCCGCGAGCUGAGGCGGCAGCAGCGCGAGGAGGAGGCCCCCGGGGACGAGGCGGAGGGCGCGGAGGAGGGGCCCGGGCCGCCGCGCGCCAACCUCUCCCCGAGCAGCUCCUUCCGGGCGCAGCGCGCGGCGCGCGGCUCCACCUUCUCGCUGUGGCAGGACAUCCCCGACGUGCGCGGCAGCGGCGUCCUGGCCACGCUGAGCCUGCGAGACUGCAAGCUGCAGGAGGCCAAGUUUGAGCUGAUCACUUCGGAGGCCUCCUACAUUCACAGCCUGUCGGUGGCUGUGGACCACUUCUUGGGCUCCCCCGAGCUGAGUGAGUGUCUAGGGGCGCAGGACAAGCAGUGGCUAUUUUCCAAACUGCCCGAGGUCAAAAGCACCAGCGAGAGGUUCCUGCAGGACCUGGAGCAACGUCUGGAGGCGGAUGUGCUGCGCUUCAGCGUCUGCGACGUGGUGUUGCGUCACUGCCCGGCCUUCCGCCGCGUCUACCUGCCCUACGUCACCAACCAGGCCUACCAGGAGCGCACCUACCAGCGCCUGCUGCUGGAGAACCCCAAGUUCCCUGGCAUCCUGGCCCGCCUGGAGGAGUCUCCCGUGUGCCAGCGGCUGCCCCUCACCUCAUUCCUCAUCUUGCCCUUCCAGAGGAUCACCCGCCUCAAAAUGCUGGUGGAGAAUAUCCUGAAGCGGACAGCACAGGGCUCCCAAGACGAAGACAUGGCCACCAAAGCCUUCAAUGGGCUUAAGGAGCUGGUGCAGGAGUGCAAUGCCAGCGUGCAGUCCAUGAAGAGGACGGAGGAGCUCAUCCACCUGAGCAAGAAGAUCCACUUUGAGGGCAAGAUCUUCCCGCUGAUCUCUCAGGCCCGCUGGCUGGUCCGGCACGGGGAGCUGGUGGAGCUGGCACCGCUGCCCGCAGCGCCGCCUGCCAAGCUGAAGCUGUCCAGCAAGGCAGUCUACCUGCACCUCUUCAAUGACUGCUUGCUGCUGUCCCGGCCGAAGGAGCUGGGGAAGUUCGCUGUCUUUGUCCAUGCCAAGAUGGCAGAGCUGCAGGUUCGGGACCUGAGCCUGAAGCUGCAGGGCAUCCCUGGCCACGUGUUCCUCCUGCAGCUCCUGCCCAGGCAGCACGCCAAGCACCAGUUCCUGCUGAGGGCCCGCACAGAAAGUGAGAAGCAGAGAUGGAUCUCAGCCCUGUGCCCCUCCACUGCCCAGGAGGACAAGGAGGUCACCAGUGAGGGAGAAGACCACCCCCAGGUUCAGUGUGUCAGGACAUACAAGGCCCUGCAGCCUGACGAGCUGACCCUGGAGAAGACAGACAUCCUGGCCGUGAAGACUCGGACAAGUGAUGGCUGGCUCCAGGGCGUCCGCUUGGCUGAUGGCGAGAAGGGCUGGGUGCCCCAGACCUACGUGGAGGAGAUCAGCAGCCUCAGCGCCCGCCUUCGCAACCUCCGGGAGAUCAAGCGGGUCACCAGUGCAGCCAGCAAGCUGGGGGAGCCCCCCGAGUGACGGGCUGUGUGGCUUGGGGUGCCCACUCGCCAACAGCUCUGGGUGGCCACUGUGGCUCCAGCCCAAGCUGCCACUGCUGGCCUCUAUCUGUGGCCCUGGCAUCAAGGGCACAGGAUCUGGGCCCUCAGAGAGUGCCCCUGUUCUCAACAGUCUUCAGUGUCCACCCUGGAGGGCUGGGACAUCUUCUUUCUCUGGCAUGGGGGCCAUGACAGAUGUCUGUUGGGACCUAGGCAGGACCAGAUUUCUCUCCUGGGCCUCCACCAUGCUGACUGUUGGGCCAUGUGGCAGGGCCAUGGCUGGGGGAUGCCCCCCCCUUCCCCCAGAGCUGCUGGGUGCUAGGACCUGCACCUCUCUGGAAUCUUCAUCUCCAGCUCUUCCCUGCCAUGUUCCCUGUACCAGGAGCAUCCUUGGCUGCCAGGACUGGCACUGGCCUUUUCCAGAAUUGGCUUAACCCCGAGGGGAUAAGGGGCUGUGUGCCAGUUAGGCCAUCUCAGUGCAAGCACACAGUAUCAGCUCUGAACAGGCUUAACUAUUAAAGAGAUGUUAUUA